AUGAAGAUUCUUUUCAUCGGCGCAACAGGCUCCAUCGGAGGCGAAGCUCUCCGCCAGUGCCUCGCUCACCCCAAGGUCACUUCAGUUGUCUGCUUUGUACGCCGCCAACUCCCCUCCGACAUCUCAAGCAACCCAAAGCUUCAAACGGUCAUAAUAAAAGACUUUGCGGUCUGGCCGGAAGAUGUUCUUCUACCGCACGUUGAUGCUGCUGCUAUGAUUUGUGCUAUGGGCUCGUAUAGAGGAAACGUGAAUGCAGACAUGGAAUACCCUCUGGCAUUCCAAUUCGCUUUUGCGCCUCUUCUAGAGAGGCAGCCGAAAAGACCCAGGUUCCGCUUCAUUCAUCUCAGCGGCGCGUUCGUUAUUCAAGACCAGGAUGCUAAACUCUGGGUCAACGACUACCCCCGAAAGUUAAAGGGUCUAUACGAAGUACGGUCUCAAGAGUUUGCAAAAGAACAUGCUUCCGUAUGGCGAACCUUUAUGCUCCGACCUGCGGGUGUGAUCACGCAAAGAAAUAUGAUUCUUGGUUGUAUUGCGAAAAUGAUCCUGGGUGACGACUGGGUAGUGUUGAAUAAAGAGCUGGGUGCGUACUUUACGUACCUGGCUAUUAAUGAGGAGAGCGAACCUGAGGGAACGUUCUUGAUCGAGAAUAGACAUAUCGUUGAGGGUGGAAGGGCGGUCUUGAAAGCUGAAGCAUGA